AUGAGCUCAUGUCACCAACAGUCGACAACUGUCUCGACCUCCAUGCCUUCCGUUGUCACGGCUCAGAAAAGACCUGCCCCACGUGGAUCCGCCUCAUAUCCCCGCAAACGCGCAGUCAAGGCAUGCCAGGUCUGCCGGUCGCGAAAAACUAAAUGCGACAACGCGAAGCCAGCAUGCUCAUUUUGCGUCAAGGUCGGAGCGACUUGUAUUCAGACACCGGUUGAUCUAUCCAGCUUUGACCCGGCUAGUCUACAGAUCUUACAGCGACUCGACGAUCUGGAACAGCUUGUUCGCGAGGGCAAUCCUGAUACCUUCGAUCAUUCCAUUGCCAUACCAAACCAGUUAAGUGAGAGCCUUCAUCCAGCUCAACUGCUGCCAUGUCCUAUAGAUUCAAUUCUAGAAUGGAUAAGCUUGAGAGAACUGCUACCACAACCACUAAACGGUCCGGCAUUUCUGUGCAUCAAGAAGUCGUUUGAGCCUCACCGGGUCCGAUCUCUACUCGACAAUUUCUUCAAUUUUGUUCAUGUGAAAAAUCCCGUUCUAGAUGAACAACAGACAAGGAGAACUGUGAAUCGGGUUUGCCUCCAUGGCAUUGACUGGUCACCGGAUGCUUGUCUUUCGUUGUUGAUUUGUGCACUCGGUACAAUAGCCACUCCCCUGGAUGGCGGGUAUGUGCCUCGUGAUUCAGAGGCUUAUAUGACGGCCGAGUCUUUCUUUUUAACUGCGAAGAAAAGAUUGGGGUUGAUUUUGGGCACAUCAAGCCUUAUUGAAGCUCAAUGCAUGUUCCUUGCAGGGGUAUACAGCAUAUGCACUUUUGAUAGAAUGGCAGCUUGGCGUUACUUCAUGCAAUCAUUAGCUUGCUGCCGGACCUUCCAAUCGCUGAUAGGGUUUAGACGAGAAUAUGGAGACCAGCUGGAUGAGGCCGGCCGUUGGUCAGCAGCUGCGGAGCAAGCAAUAUAUUGGUCCGCUUGGAAGUCGGAGCGUGAGGUAAACCAAGAACUCAACUUGCCCGGCUUCUUAUUUUCCGAACUUGACGCUGGAUAUCCGCCAUUAUUCCCUACACCACCGAGCCACGAUAGCGAUGCUACGACGUUACAUGCUCUGAGACAGAGACGCGCGAACACACUUCUUGAGAUCAAGGAAUCGACAUCACAAGUCGGCCAGAGUCAUAUCGACAGACUUGCUCAAGAAGUCGCGGACCGUGAAGCGCAAGUCUCGGAUUGGGUUUGCGCAUCACCUCGAAAUAUGUCUAUAAACAACCCACCCGAAGAAGACGAUGUAUGUCGAUUUGUUCUUCGUGGUCACCUGAUUAAUGUUUGGGAAAUUAUCUACUGGCCAUUCGUUGAAUGGGCAAUAAAUUCAACCAUUGUCAUGGAGGACGAACCAUUGUUGAGGGAAUAUGCAAUGAAAGGUCUGCAAAUCCACAUGGAACGCAUUCGUGUCAAUCGUGCCGGAUUCGCGCACCGACAUCAUGGUACCUUCUACCUGAUCAAGUCUUGUACUCAGAGUGCGCUCAUUCUCCUGGCUGCAGCGAGAAGCCGCAACUUUGUAACAGACCAGGCUGAGAAUUCGCUCCACGUCCCCAUUGGGUGGCAGAGUGCCGUUAAAGAAGUCAUUCACUUGCUAGAGGCUUGGGAACAGGAGUCGGCAGAUCUAUCCAGUAUGGCCAAUACUCUCCGCCUCAUGUAUCGGAAUUAUGAAGGAACGACCUAA